GAUGUUUUGUGUAUUUGUGGAAAAUUUGAGUUGGGACUCAACUUCAUUAUGAUUCCACACAUAGACGAGUCAAGAUGUGAAGGUGAAGUUUUCAGAAAAUCUUUACAUUUGUAUUUUACAGCACCAAAAAGUUCUUUAUUUACUUAAUUAACCAGUCCUGAUUAGUUUUAGUGAGGAUAUUCAUGACUGACAAGAGAAUGACCAGGGACUAAAAUCAGGAAUGAAACAAGGUCAGGAAAUAGAAUCAGAAAAAAUAUGCUAAAAGAAUAACCAGGAUGCAGAAGUUACAGGUCCAGGAGGAAGGCCCAGACAGCCCACCUGCAAUACUAUACUCUCUUGUGACCUUCAUUUCAAUUCAGUUCAAUUUAUUUAUUUAUAAAGCACCUUCCAUACCUUAGCCGAGGCCCAAGGUGCUGAGCAAGACAUGGAAACCAGAGUAUUAAAACAACAUGUUGAUUAAAAAUCAGUAAAAGAAAAAAGUAGACGAAUGAAAUCAAUCAAAAACUGUGCGAAACAAAUGAUAAAAAUAUAAAAGCCAGCGUCAGUGUUGGGGGAAACCUAGCCAAUAAAAUUAGGUUUUAAGGCUUGAUUUAAAAUCCUGAAGAGAAGACACUUGCUUCACUGUCAGGGAGGCCCUGUCCCCCCUUGACCUCAGUUCUGAGCUUAGAGGACAAAAAUGUCCGCUCUUAAAAGUUGCUAUAAAAAUGUAUACAUUCAUGUUUUAUUUAUUUAUUUCAUAAAUCUGUUUAACAACUUCAGUCCUGCUCAAAUCUAAACUUCAGUCAUUUAGAGAAUUUUAACCUUUCAAAAUCCAUUACAUUGAUACUCAAUGUCAUUUCUGUAAUUUAUGAAGAAAAAAACACAACUAAUGAGUUAUUUUCCAAUAAAUCCAUUUGCCUCCAGCCAGGUGCAUUGGUGUUUUUGUUUUCUACACUUUGAAGUUCAGUAAGAGGGUGAAACUGUGUUUUAUUUACUCACCAGCAGUCAGGCUGACCUUUAGGCUUCAACACAAACAGCUGAAGACACGAGGAAACGUGUGGAGUUUCUCGCCUGGGCUACCCAUGACUGAUUUUGGUGGUGAACAGUAAAAAUCACAAAUUUCACUAAUUUUCUCCAAAAUAAAACCCAUAAAAGUUGAAAUACAUAAAAGUUGAGGUAUCUUAUCAUGAUAAUUCCAGCAAGCACACAACAUGCAGUUUCAUCUUCACAUCCUGAUUGUUUUUAUUUAAAUAUUGUCACAGAAUAACAGCGCACAUUCAGCUCCAACGUCAGAUUUUAGUCAUUCACCACACACUUGUAGAGAUCUGUCAAAACCAUGAGGGGCAGCUGAGCAGAGAGAAGACAGUUCCCACCAAUCACAUGAUCUACAAUAAAGCAGUGAAAGCAAAAGUAUCUUUGAGAGCUGGAGAACUGCAGAGCAACAGAUGAAAAGUUCAUACGGAGCUCAAGCUGCACAGCAGGAGCAGCAGAGCUCCAGAACUCAGCUAGUGAGCACGGCCUUCAACGACCAGGAGGAGAAAGAAGAAGCAGUUAUAAAAAAGCACCACCAGCUCCCCGAUGCCACUUUCUCCUGGUUCAUCCUCUCUGCUGCAGACAUGGUGACCGGAAGCUCUCGCCACUCUGAUGAUCUGUGCUCCAUAAUGCAUGGGAGCAUGUCCUACAAGAUCUGCAUCAACAAACUCUGGCACAGUAACUUCAAGCCAGCGCGUUCUCUGUGUCAUGAGCUUUUCAGCAAAAGGCCUAAACUCUGUGUCAUCGCCAUAACAUCGGGAAGUCCCGCAUCAUCCCGGAAGUCAGCCCAGGAAAACACCAGCAGCUCGGAGCAACGAGGGGCCCAAACAGGAAAGGUUCUCUGUGAUGUCUGCAACAGGAAAGCUCUGAAGUCCUGCCUGGUGUGUCUGAGCUCCUACUGUAAGACUCACCUGGAACCUCAUGUAAAAAUCCCAGGCCUGAUGAGGCACAAGCUGACCAGUCCUGUGAAGAACCUGGAGGGGCAGAUGUGGAAUAAGUAUGAGAAGGCUACCAGGCGUUUGGAGAUAUUCAGGAGAUAUUUUGCUAAACUGAUGAGAUGUGUUCGUUCAUCAUGAAGAGAGCUGAAACAGCAGUGAUUCAUAUUCGUACACUGUGUCUUUGUGCUGGAUAGAAGUGUUUUGAUUGGCUGGGGUGCACGCUGAGCAAAGGGGACUUUUAAACCUGAAAAACCUCACCAGCUGCAGCUGGGGGAGGAGCAUUUCGCAAUCAGAGCCUUCAAGUAGAAGAAAUGAAAGAGAAAGUAGCUCAGAUAAAGACAAACUGCCGUCAAGGUCACAUUUUAGAGGAACUGCUGAAUUUUAAUUUUAUGUUAAUACAGCAAAAAUCUCAUUCUGGUAAGAAGUCAUACAUGUGUUUUAAAUAAUAUAAGACAAACAAAAUCAGAUAGUUUUAUUCUUUUUACUUUAACUCAACUUUAUAGUGUGUCUCCUGAAAAUCUCAUUUGUAACUGAUAACUAGAUGGCCUCUGUCUGUAUCAUUUCCUUUGAUGUGCAAAUAGGAACUUUUCAUGCAUACUA